AAAUACAACCCCGCCACUAACGUGAAUCACGAACUGUGUUGGACCAGAAUAAAGAUGAACAGCGACGAGGUUGCAACUCUUGUGUCUGCGCUCUCAGUGCCAGAUUACAAAGCGGUUGAGCCACAUUUGCUCAAACUAGACAAAUAUCUCACGCUCAGAACUUACUUCGACGGGUAUCGCAUCAGUGAUGCUGAUGUCAAGCUAUGGGUAACCCUACGAAGCAACAAGGUCACAAACGCAUUCUUGAAGAAGGGAUCUCUCGCAAAUCUCACCCGCUGGUUUGUAUUUGUUGAGGAGUCUCACCCAGAAAUCCAAUCAGAGAUUAAAGUUGCAGACGAUGCCGUGAAAGCAAAGAAAGCUGCUCUCAGCAAGGCCGGCGCAAGCUAUAACAUUGCGCUUCAAAAUGCCGACCAGGGUGUUGUCACUAGAUUCCCUCCUGAGCCAUCUGGAUAUCUCCAUAUUGGACACGCAAAGGCUGCCCUUCUGAACGAUUAUUUUGCCCAUGACCUGUACAAGGGAACCCUACUUCUACGCUUCGAUGAUACCAACCCUUCGAAAGAGAAGCAAGAGUUCGAGGAUUCGAUCAUCGAGGACCUUGCUCUUAUGGGUAUUAAACCAGACAAGACCAGCUACACCAGCGAUUAUCUUCAGGUCUUGUACGAACAUACCAUCCGAUUAAUUACCGAGGGGCACGCAUACGCGGAUGACACCGAGCAGGAGAAAAUGCGCGAUGAGAGAUGGAAGGGCAUUGCCAGCGAACGCCGUGAAAGGACGGUUGAAGAGAACCUUCGCAUUUUCGAAGAAAUGAAGGUUGCUUCAGAGGAAGGCCAGAAGAACUGCAUCAGAGCAAAGAUGUCUGUUGACAACCCAAACAAGGCCAUGCGCGAUCCUGUUAUCUACCGCUGCAACCUUCUUCCUCACCACAGAACCGGAACGACAUGGAAGAUGUACCCUACAUAUGAUUUGGCGGUUCCCAUCGUCGAUGCCUUGGAGGGUGUUACGCAUGCCCUGAGAACCACUGAGUACGCUGAUCGUAAUGAUCAGUACCAGUGGUUUAUUGAUAUUCUGGGUCUGCGUCAAGUACACAUCUGGGAUUUCGCAAGAAUGAACUUCAUCCGAACCUUCCUCUCAAAGCGAAAGCUCACGAAACUUAUUGAUACCGGCAAAGUCUGGGGUUGGGAUGACCCGCGUAUGCCCACUAUCCGUGGUGUUAGACGCAGAGGCAUGACCAUUCCGGCCCUGCGUGAUUUCAUCUUGAAGCAAGGGCCGAGCAGAAAUAUCGUCAACAUGGACUGGACCAACUUUUGGGCCACCAACAAAAAGGUCAUUGAUGCCGUCGCGCCAAGAUUUACUGCCAUUGAUAAGCAGGACAAUGUUCGGGCGACCAUCAUUGGUGGGCCGGACAAGCCCUACACUGAGGAGAAGCCAAAGCACAACAAGAACCCUGAGGUUGGCACGAAGAAGGUCACCUUCAGCAGUGUCCUUAUUCUUGAGCAGGCUGAUGUCAAGCUCAUGAAGGAGGGCGAAGAGAUUACGCUCAUGGCCUGGGGUAACGCGAUUGUCCGCAAGAUUGUUGGCUCAGACCCGAUCACUUCGGUUGAGCUUGAACUCCACCUUGAGGGUGAUGUUAAGAAGACAGAGAAGAAGGUGACAUGGGCAUCUUUCGUGGGCCAGACUUUGAUCCCAGUGGAGCUGGUUGACUUUGACUACCUGAUCACGAAAGACAAACUCGAGGAGGACGAUGAGAUGGAGAAGUUCCUUACCCCUGUCACCGAGUUUAGAUCCGCGGCUCUUUGCGAUCAAAAUGUGCAGGAUCUGAAGGUCGACGAUAUCAUCCAGUUCGAGCGCAAGGGUUAUUACAGAGUCGACAAGGCCUACAAGGAUGGUGAGUCGGCUGUGUUGUUCAACAUACCCACAGGCAAGGAAGGAAAGAAAUAGU